AUGGGCCAGAUCCAACCCCCGUCACCGCCCCAGGCCACCGCCUCCGACGAGCUGCCUGCCUACAACGAGAUCGACCAAGUCCCAGUCCCAGUCCACCAACGCGACGACGACACCAUCCAGGCGCUUUCACCAGGCUCAACCUCAACCGCCUACGCCGUCCCCGGCCAGCAGAAAUGGCACAGCAUCCGGGCCGCCCACCGCGCAGCCGGCACACUCUCCCUCGACCCAACCUUCUCCACCUCCCCCUCCAUCCUUGAGGCCUUCCUCACCGCGCAGACCCGUCUCCCCCCGCGCCCCUGCCUCGUCAUCCACGGCCACCACAAGGAAUCGCGCCGCAGCGGAAACGAGACUAAAACCGAGAACGUCACGGACUUUGACUUCCGGGUUGAUCUGACUCGCGCCGUUCUGAGGUGGGGACGCGAUGAGCGGUCGGGGCCGCGCCAGCGAUGGUCGUAUACUGCUGUUGUUAGUGAUGGGGAUGGACAGAAGGCGUAUCGCGGUGGGAGGAUUCCUGCGCGUGCAAAGAAGGCUGGGCGCAUUGCCCUGGAGGGACCCGAGGGUGAUGACGGCGAGGGCCAGAGACUGAUGGACCUGGAGAGUGGAGAGGAUUAUCCUGGGAUUAAGGGCUGGUGUGAGCGGUUCUGUGCGGACUCUGCGUCGGUGAAAUCGUUCACGUAUCGCCGCAAUCUACACGGCUUCGAUGCAGCGCCUAUGCGCACGGCGUUGACAUCGCAUAUCCGCUCGACAGGCUACCAGGGCCAUAUCAGCAUAACCCCGGCGAUCGCGAACGGUUUCGUGACGAUCUACUCGCCGCAUUGGAUCAAUACCCUCCGGAACAACGCGUUCGUGUACUGGGCAUGCAUUAUCCUGCAGCUGUGGCUGAUCACCUGGCCGGUCAUCUGGGUCAUGGAGCGGCGGUACGAGGUUGUCCGGUCCGAGUGGUUCUCGUCGCAGACUAUUGCGGACGCGUCGCUCCCUGGUGGUUCUGCGAAGAUUUAUGCCGGGGGGCAUAGUGAGGAGGCUGCCGCGGAGCUGUGGGCACCUGUUGUUAGGGAGGCUGCGUGGCAGGGGAGAUGCCAUGGGGAGAUUCUGGGAGAGGCAGAGGUGCUGGAGUUGAGGAGGCAGGGGACGCAGCGCAGAGAGGCUGUUCCAGGACAGGCGCAGGAUUUGCUACAUCGGGGGCAGUCGGUGCUGGGGGCAAUGGGGAUCAGGAAUAUCGGGGGGGUGAACGUGUCUGGGGGGUGGGGAGGGGAUAGUUCCAGUGCCCGCAGUUCGCGGUUUAGCAUUCGGAUGGGUUGA